AGCAUGGCGUCCGGCGAGGAGGACGGAGCGCUUGAGGAGAAAGGAACUAACAACAAGAAACGAACUAAAGGCGUUAUUGCCACAGCAUGGCUCACCUUCUACAAUAUCGCCAUGACAGCCGGGUGGCUGGUGCUGGCUGUUGCAAUGACUCGCUACUAUCUCCAGAAAGGCACACACAAGGGCUUGUACAGAAGUAUAGCAAGGAUACUUAAGUUUUUUCAGACCUUUGCACUUCUGGAGAUUGGGCACUGUGCAAUUGGAAUUGUGCGGACAUCUGUUAUUGUGACCGGGGUCCAAGUGAGCUCUCGGAUAUUCAUGGUUUGGUUCAUCGCAAAUAGUGUCAGACAGGUACAGAAUCAGCAGAGUGUGAUACUGUUUCUGGUGGUUUGGACGCUCACAGAAAUUACACGUUACUCCUUCUACACCUUCAGUCUUCUGAACCAUCUGCCUUACUUCAUCAAAUGGGCCAGGUAUAACUUGUUCAUUGUCAUGUACCCUUUGGGCGUGAUUGGUGAACUGAUGACCAUAUAUGCUUCUCUGCCAUAUGUUCGUAAAUCGGGCAUGUACUCAAUGAGGCUUCCGAACAAGUACAACGUGUCUUUUGACUAUUACUACUUCCUCAUCAUCGUAAUGCUCUCCUACAUCCCAUUGUUCCCUCAGCUGUUUUUACACAUGCUGCGACAGAGAAGAAGGGUGCUUCAUGGAGAGGUUAUUGUGGAGAAAGACGAGUAGAAAACGACCACACCACAUCAACCACCACCAUAAAGCACAGAUCUCUACACAGCCAUCAGUCCUUACUGAAGAAAUACAACUGUGUCACUCUCUGCAAGACCAUUACAGCACAAAACCAUUAUGCAAAUUACAAGACACUGGAAAUUUCGACAACAUCUCCUUAUCUAUUCAUCUAUUCAAGCUCCCUAAAUAUCUGAUGAACGGUUGGUUACUUCACACUUGGAUGGAAACCCAAGCGAUAUCAAAAUCACAUCCCAAUGAACUGUCACUGGAUUUAUCUUCAUUUUUUUGGAUUACAUUGUUUUGUGUUUUAAGUGGUCUGCUCAGCUGUAGUGGACUAAAUCCUUAAUCUGGAUCUAAUACAUUUACUGGACUUUACCUCACCUAUAUUUCAAAGAACGUCAAAUUUUAACUACUCCUGUGCUUUUGUACAGCAAAGUAAAAAACCCCUGCUUUGCUACCAUUUUCUUACUGUUUUUUAAGUGGGGUUAACUGAAAAUCUAAUGAAUAUGAAGGAUGGUAUACAACUGGAUAAAAUAAUGCUAGAAUAAAAAGAAAAAAUUGAAAAGAACUCAACUUGUUGGAUGGAUCAGACAGCUUAUAGUUUACCAUAAAGAUUUGUCGUAUUUAUUCAAUUGGGCAAAACAACAACAACAUGAGAAAGUAGGGCUGGGCGAUAUUAGUGAUGCACCUAUAUAGGAAUGUUGAGCCAGUGCCAAUAGCUGCUGUUUCUGUACAAGAGAGAGGUAAGACAAUCAAGCAUCUCAUAUAUACCAAUACAUACAUCGAUCAGCCAUAACAUUAAAACCACCUCCUUGUU